AUGACGUUACUGAGUAUUCUGAUAGCAGCCUCGUUGCUGAUUGGGACUCUCGCGCAGACGACAUUCGACCCGACACUGACAAUCAACAGCUGCACGAAUAGCUCCCUGGACAUCACGCUCUAUAACGCCUCGGACUCCGGUAUCGUCUACAUCCAGGGGCAGAGCGCCGCAUGCCGUCUGCCAACCACUUCCGGUAUCUCCACGCACUCCUUUGAUUUCCGCUCCUGUAACAUAGAAUGGGUACAGUCGUUCAAACUGAUCGUACAAAAGAAGGCCCUCUAUCAGACAGGGGCAGAUAAGCAGAUCCCUGUCAUGUGUGUGGCAGACCUCGGGGACCUCACCGUCUCCAACAGUCUUGCUGCAGCUGACAAGGCCGAUGACUUGGGUCAGAAUUUGACGGUCAAGCCCAGCGCCUUUAUGACCUUGUACAAGGACGGAGUGGACAUUAGCGGUCAAGUGGUCAAGCUGACCGACAUCAUCACCAUGGUGAUCGCACUCGACUCGAAAUACAAUCAGGACUUUGACAUCAAGGUCAAGUAUUGCGCAGCCGACACCAUUGACAUUAUCACUGACGGCUGCGCCGCGGACACGGACCUGUUCCCGCAUAUGUCCCGUAUCUCCCAGGGAACCCUACAGGCCACGUUCGGCGCCUUCCGGACCACCAACCUCAACGGCGGCACCGUUGGCAUGCCCUUCUCAUGUACACUGCAAGUCUGUCUCGGCCUCUGUACCCCGACUGUUUGCACUGACGGCUCCGCGAGUUUCGGCCGUAAGAAGAGGUCCGCAUUGAGCAAGCGCCAGGCGGAGUCGGGGAGCGGAGUUGACGACAUCAGCGUCGGCACGGCCAUCCGUAUAGCCACUGAGGAGGACACCAUUCAAGGCCCAGAGGAUGACGGCAACAUGUGCAUGAACCAAGGCGUCUUCGUGGCAAUCGUCAUCCCCCUGGUGGGCGGAACUGUCGUCUCUGCUGUCGCCGCCGUCGUUAUGUUCCGGAAGUUCCAGGAAAAAGCCAGCCUCCUAAGCAAGCUGGGCGCCUAG